AUGUCCUCAUCUGGAUAUGACCUAGGACCUGCGGUGAAUGGUGGUCAAGGUGAUGAAACCUCCAACCUGGGGGAUACCACGGCAACCGUGAUGGCUCGUCUCGAUGUCGCCCUCAAGGACAUGCCGGGAGUCACGACUCUAGACAAGUUGAACACUCUUAUGAGCAAGGUCGCUGCCGCCAAGGAACUGCUGGGGGGCUUGGAGCCAGACGUACUACUUCAAGCUCGCAGCAAGGUCGAUGAACCCGACCGCGAGUUGUCCAUGAGCCCGGCCCUGGUAAAGGCUUACGAGCAGAUCUCCAAGACCACACAUGCAGACGCACCCGAGGAUGAGUUCGAGGCUGCGGUGUGGGCUGCGUUUGAGACCAGCGAGGAAUCUGAGAUAUCCCAAGAGGGUACACAUCCACAAGAGCCACGUCUUCAAGACACCCAUCGUAUCUUGCAGCCGCCACGAGUCCGACCUCACGAGAACACCGGCCGCCAGUCCAACCCCGCAGAGCAGGAAGCUACCUCGCAAACCCCUACUCCUGAGUCCAUUCCUCGUCCCAAGCAGAUACCAAGAUGGAAAACAAGGUGCACAAAGGAAGAGAGGCACAACCUUGAUCCCGCUAGUAAUCUCCCUUGUCCUCGCAAAGCGUGUAACUUCCUCCACGACGACCAACAUGCGUACAUGGUCGAGGGCCUGUAUCAAAAGGACGUGAGCACCGGAAAGAUCCAAGCAUGGGGUCUGAAGCCCUAUACCAGCCGCGCCGGGCACAACAUGGGCUUAGAGAAGGUGGGCAAGAACGACCAGAACUUCGAUGCAUUCUUCAAGAAGUUGAAGAAUAAGGACAAGGCAACCGAGACGAAAGCCAAGGAAGAAUACGCCCAAAAGAAGAAGAAAACGUCUACUCUGGAGGUCAAGGCUGCUCCUGAUGCUGCACACAAGUCCACCAAGGCUGCCACGGACGCUGAGGCUACUGCGAAGGCACCGCCCAAGAAGCGUAAGGUCGCGGCUACCACAGGAGCAAAGGGAACUGCGGAGCAACCAGCGAAGAAGAGCAAGGGUGGCGAGGCUGACCGCUAG